AGUGCGGCUGCUUUGUUGGCCGGCGUUGCUGCUCUCUCAGCCACCAGAAAGUGGUUAUCAGAGGACACCUCACUGGUCAUGUGCAAGGAGCACUGCUCGUCGUGCCUGCACAGCGCUCCACGGCCGGGCAGGGGGAACUCACUCUCUCCAAGGACAGCAAGAGGACAGGAACUGUACAUUUUGAUAGUACCAAAAUGAACAGCAGUAGCUGCAAUAUCACAGCCUAUGAACCAUUUUCACUUGUCCAGCUGUGUGUUUACAUCCCAGUUUUGGUUUUGGGCAUUGUGCUGAACGUGUUGGCGCUGUGGGUGUUCUGUUGCAAACUCGGCCAAUGGACAGAAACCAGAGUAUACAUGGUCAACCUGGCUGUGGCUGACUGCUUGCUGCUCUUCACCUUGCCAUUUAAAACUCUGUCCCAGUUCCAGCACCUGAAGGUGGAUGGCUGGUGCCUGGUUCUGGAAGGUGGCUAUUUCAUAAACCGCUUCAUGAGCAUUGGUAUCAUCACCAUCAUCGCCGCUGACAGGUACCUUGCAAUCAAGUACCCCUUGAGAUCCAAGGCACUUAGGUCGCCACUGAAGGCAGCUUUUGCCUCUGGAUUCCUUUGGAUGCUCAUCAUCUGUGAAACUUCCCUCAUUAAAAGAUUUGAGGACCGAAAAGAAGAUGAUUUUUGCUUUGAAAAGUCUUCCGCGACACCCUCGGUGAUCACGCUGUGUGCCAUAGUUACAGGGUUUUUCACACCGCUGCUCAUCUUGAGUUACUGCUCCAUACAAACCAUUGCAGAGCUCAGGAGAAAGAGGAACGAGAAUUGUCACAGUGAAAAGCUGACCAGGAAAGCUGUCUACAUUGUGUCUGCAAACAUGGCUGUGUUCAUCAUAUGCUUUUUACCUCUUUACCUCGGGCAUCUCCUCCGCUUCAUCGUGGACUCCCUCAGCGCUGACUGCUCGGCCAUACAGAGCAUUAACAACUUCGUUCACUUCGCCUCCAUCCUCGCCAACACAAACUGCUGCCUGGAUGCCAUUUGUUACUACUUUGUCAACAAGGAAUUUAAGGAAGCAUCUCCCAAGCUAGCAAAGCCCAAAUCUGAGGGCAGCGAAGAAGCUGAAAUUCAGCUCCCACAAGUAACCCAUUAAUGCCAAACACACACAGCACACAUUUUAUGUUUGCUGUGUUCAACUGGGACACACUGGCAGGGGUUCCCACUUGCCUUUUGUAAGUAGUGGGAUGGAGGGACAUUCUACUAAUGGAAACAUUCAGAUACAUGAUUCAGCUCUGAAUCAGAUAACCACAGCACCCCAGAUCCUGAUCUAGUGAUCUAGAUUGCCAGUGGCAAUUUUCUGCGUUAACACAAAUUUGCAUAAAACGAUCGAUUUCCCCUGCCAAAAAUCCCCUGUUUUUCAUUUUCCCAUGAAAACCAAAAGAAGCACAGGCAGUGGUAAAGGAUUGGGUUUUGUCUCUCAUCCCCACCUUGGAUCAGUGUUUGUGCAGCUGUGACAAAGAAAUAGACUAUUCCAAAUAUCAACAAAUUUAAAAAAAUAUCAGAGUGAAACCAUGCAGAGAAAGAAAAGGUGGUGUUUCUAUAAGUCACAAACAUACUGGUUUUUAGUUGCUAAUAAUGCACAAUCCCAUAACAGGCAUAUUUAGCUUGCUUUAAAGAACUUUACACCAAAGUAACAGCUACAGAAUGGUCACCAUUACAAUACAAGGUCAGAAGAAAUUGCAAUUGCUGGUGCUGGGGAAAAACUUUACAUCAAAAAAGUUUGAGUCAAAUGGCAUUAAAAUUAAAUAAAAGAGUUGGUGCAGGGUAGUGGGAACAAGGAUUUUGUAUUAGGACUCUAUUCAACCUUAUAAUAAAAAGGAUUGUCUAAAGAAAGUGGUAGCAAAGCUGUUCCAAAGAAAUCAAUCUAAAUAAAGUUGUGUCACUAGCAUAGAAUUCAGUUUCUAAAUGAGUUAAAUGGAAAAGCUGGGAGAUGGUGUGAGAGAGGGCCUGCUGUGCUGUGUGUCCAGGAGGGACAGCUCCCCGUUGUGCAAGCCAGGGGCACUGGGUAUGAGCUCCAGCUGGGACUGGGAUUUUCUAAGGCACAGCAGAGCGUCCCACCCCGGUGAUUUUACUGCAAACACCUAAGAAGGUAAAACCACUCAGCAGCUUCAGACCACACGGCCUGAGCUGGGCUGUACCACACACACCUGCGCUCACACCUCCUCUCACACCUCCCAGCCCCAGGCUGCGCUGCUGUAUUUGUUUUGGUUUAGGGCAAAUUUGGGAGGAAACUUCCGAAGGGGUUUUUCUAGAA